AUGCAGUACAAAAAGAGUAUAAAACGCUUCAGCAUAAACUUUCUGAUUGUGUUGCCGCGGCGUCCUGUGGACUUUGUGCUGCUCAAUUUAACCCGUUUGAAUGGCUGCCAAUUCAUGGCGAAUCGGAAUCAAGUGCCGCUGGUGCAACAAUUUCUCAACUCAAUGAAACGAUACAGCAACAUAAUGGAGGGGUGUCCCUACAAGCGCAACACCCUGUAUUAUAUACGUGGGCUACGUUUGGAUUUGGAUGCAAUACCAGCGUUCGCGUUCGAAACCGAUAUGAAAUCGUGGUUUGAUGUUAUACACGAGGGUGAUGUACUGUUUAGUAUGUACGUGAAUAGUCGCAUAUUAACAAAGAGAAGUGGAAAGGUUGGGUAG